AUGCAUGGAAGUUUAAUCAUGGCAAGGUCUGGCCGCAAAAAAAUUCGUAUUGAGAAGAUACAAGAUAAAAAGAAAAAGAGUGUGACAUUCUCUAAAAGGCGUACUGGCCUUUUUAAGAAAGAAACUGAGCUCUCCGCACUUUGUAAUAGUCCAAGUGCUAUGGUAAUUUUUUCCCCUAAUGACAACAAAUCUACCGUAUACUCAAUUGGAUAUCCAUGUGUCAAUUCAAUUAUGGAUAAGUUUAUGAAGGUGAAUCCUCCAACAAACAUUGAUGACACUAACUCCCUCACUAUACAUCAUAAAAAUGCUAUUAGAAAGGUGGGUUUGGAGCUAAUCGAGGUUAAUAGAAAGCUUGAAGAGGAGGAGAAACGCAAGAAAAGGCUUGACGCCACAGGACAUUCAUAUGAAAAUUUGAAUUCUAUGCAGUAUCAACAAUUGAUCGAAACUAUUGAAAUCAAAUUCCUGGAAACGGAAUGCAUAGCUAUCCAACUAAAGGAGUGUAACAUGCCAUUUCCCUACAGUACAUUUGGAGAUGCCUUGGCUCCUAAAUAA